AUGACCUCGAAAGUGUCCCGCCUGGAUAGACAAGUCAUUCUGUUAGAGACAGGCUCUACGCAAGUAGUAAGGAACAUGGCAGCAGAUCAAUUAGGUGAUCUAGCUAAACAACAUCCAGAAGAUAUAUUAUCUCUACUAUCAAGAGUAUACCCAUUUUUAUUAGUGAAAAAAUGGGAAACAAGAGUCACAGCUGCUAGAGCUGUUGGUGCUAUUGUUUCACAUGCUAAGGUGUGGGAUCCUAACAGUGAUGAUGAUGAAUAUCAUCCAGAAAAUAUUAAUAAUGAUAUAAAUAAUGAUAUACCAAUUAAAAAUGAAUUUGAAUCAACUAUUGAAAAUGCAAAAGUUAAAUUUGAAGAUGAUUUAAAGCUUCGGAUUGAAGAACUAAAAGAAGAACACAAUUCUAAUUUACUAGAAGAAAAUAGAAAUUAUUAUAAUUUAAAUGAAUGGAAUUUCGCUGAACUUUUAAAGACUGGAAAAUUAUUAUUAUCAAAAAGUAUAAAUGAAUAUGAUGAUUCUUUUAAAAAUGGAUCAGAAAAUAUACGAGAUGAUUCCAUUGAUACAAAAAAAGAACCUGUAAAGGAAGAAAUGACGAGUGGGACACAAAAUAAAAAAUCUGCACGUAUGUUAGCCAUGGCUAAACGUAGAAAGAAGAUACAGGCAAAAGGUAAUGGAAAUACAAAACAAAUAGAUAUAACACAAAGUUCUGUAUCGAGGAAUAUUGCUAAUAAGAAAGAUAUUAAACCUGCAACAUCGAAUGCAUCAACUUUACAAAAUCCAAAACUAGAAAUUACAGAACAAGCAGAUAAAAGUAAAUUAAUGAUAGAAUCUGUUGCUGCUCCAAUAUUAGAACAACAUGAAAGAGUCGCAGGUAUCGUUUGGCAAUUUCAAGGAAUAUAUGAACUACUUAUAGAUAAUAUAUUUAAUGAAUCCUGGGAAAUUAGACAUGGUGCUGCUUUAGGUUUAAGAGAAUUAAUGAAGAAACAUGCAUAUGGUGUAAAUAGAUUAAAAAGUGAAACAAGAGAAAUUAAUGACAAACAAAAUAAGAAAAGUUUAGAAGAUUUAGCUACAAGACUCUUAACUAUAUUUGCACUUGAUAGAUUUGGAGAUUUUGUCAAUGACACUGUAGUUGCACCAGUUAGAGAAUCUGUGUCCCAGACAUUGGCUGCUUUAUUAAUUCAUUUAGAUGAUGAUUUAUCCUUUGAAAUUUUCCAAAAAUUAGAACAAUUAGUAUUGCAAGAUCCAAUAGUAACAGGAUGCCCUAAUAGAAUUUGGGAAGCUACACAUGGUGGUCUCUUGGGAAUACGGUAUUUUGUAAGUAUCAAGACAGAUUUCCUUACUUCACGUGAUUUAUUAGAUAGCGUUGUUAACGUUGUAUUAUAUGGUUUAAGACAAUCUGAUGAUGAUGUCAAAAGUGUCGCUGCAUCUAUUUUGGUCCCAAUUACUGAUCAAUUUGUUACUUUACAGAAUGAGAAGAUUGAAAUAUUAUUAACUACUAUGUGGACAUCUUUAUCUGAACUUGAUGAUGAUUUAUCCUCAAGUGUUGGUUCUGUUAUGAAUUUAUUGGCAAAAUUAUGUCAAUUUAAAGAAGUUUUGGAUGUCCUGAAAACGAAAGCUGUUAUGUUACCAGCUGAAUGGGCUUUCAAAUCAUUAGUCCCAAAAUUAUAUCCAUUUUUGCGCCAUUCUAUUACUUCUGUUAGGAAAGCUGUCCUAAAUUUAUUGAAAGCAUUUUUGUCUAUAGAAGACGAUUCUACAAAAGGAUGGAUUAACAGCAAAAUUUUUAGAUUGGUAUUCCAAAAUAUCUUAUUAGAACAAAAUAGGGAUAUCCUUGAUUUAUCCUUCGAAGUAUACACAUCAUUAUUGGCUCAAUACAAAUCAAAACAUACCGAAAAAUCAUUGGAUCAUGUAUUUAGUAAACAUCUACAACCAAUCCUACAUCUUCUUAACACUCCAAUUGGUUUGAAUGGUAAAAAUUACAGUAUGGAAGGCCAAUUUAUUUUAAAGCCUUCUCAACAUUAUCAAAUACAUUCUCAGAAAAAGAGAUCCAUUUCAGAAGCAAGUUCAAAUUCAGAAAUCCCAGUUCCAAAAUCUUCAGAGCAUGUUAAUAUAGAUGCACCAAUGAUUGCUGGUGAUAUCACUCUAUUAGGUUCUGACGUUAUUAUUAAUACGAGAGUUAUGGCAGCCCGUGCUUUUGGUUUAACUUUAGCUAUGUUCCAAGAUUCAACACUGCAAUCUUUUUUUUCUAAUGUACUCGUUCGUUGUUAUGAAUUACCUUAUGCAACACCUAGAAUGCUAGCGGGUGUUAUACUUACAGAAUUUUGUGGUGCAUGGUUGAAGAGUAACCCCGAUAGAGAUCAACUACCUACAUUUGUUAAUGAUAUCUUUGGUGAAAAGAUAAAUGCACAACUAUCUGAUCCGUCAUCAUUGCCUGUAUUUAGAGAAUUAGUUCCAAGCUUAAAGGCAUUACGUAUGCAAUGUCAAACUUUAUUAACAACAUUUGUUGACGUUGGUAUGCUACCUCAACAUAAAUUACCUAGAAUUGCUAUUGUGGUACAAGGUGAGACAGAGGCUGGACCCCAAGCAUUUACAAUCGAAACUGCAGAAAAGGUAUACAAUGAAUAUUAUCCAAAGCUGUUUAAAGCAAUGAGUAAUUCAUAUAAAAUUUUAGGAAAGAAACCUUUGGAAGAUGCAAGGUAUCGUGUUCAAUUAGCUAUUGAUUCGACCAAUGACCUGAUGAAAGCCAGAUCUAACUGGGUUUUAUGUAAUGCAGCUUCCUCUAUUCUGUUAAUGAACGGAAUACCACCAAAACUGAAUCCAGUUAUAAGGUCAUUAAUGGAUAGUGUGAAGGAAGAAACCAAUGAAAUGCUUCAACAGAUGGCUGGUAAUUCUGUUAUUCACCUUCUUCGUGAAUUAGUCAAAUCUAAUAAAGUUAAUGUUGCUAACAAGAUAGUUAAGAAUCUUUGCGGAUUUUUGUGUGUCGAUACAUCAGAGGUUCCAGAUUUUACCGCCAACCUACAGUAUUCUUCAGAAAUAUUAACAUUGAUAAAAGAAGAUAAUUCCAUAACAGAUCAAGAAGAUAUUAAACUAAAGAAAGUUGCAGAUGAUGCAAAACUGAAACGUAAGGGUGGUUUAUAUACAUUGGGGAAACUACUAUCAGUAUUUGAUAAAGAAGAAUUAUCCAAAAUUCCAAAAUUCAAGGCUGUUCUAUUCGAACCUCUGGAUAAAUCAUAUUCAGAUGAGGAAUUAAAACUAAAUGAGUCUAAUUCUGGUCAAUCUAUUGUAGACUCUAUGGGAAUACUACGUGUUCUCUUCCCAUAUAUGAAUUCAGAAUUACGUGAUGGUGAUGUUAUUCCUAGAUUAGAAAAAUUGCAAGGUUUCUUGUGCUCUGAAUUUUCUGUUUUUCGUUAUUCAGCAGCUAGAACAUUUGCUGAUAUUGCAAAGAUAUAUCCUGUUCAAGUUAUGCCAUUUAUUAUCCGUGGUAUCCUACCAAUGAUGAAUAAUGCUGGUUCUAUUGUUGAACGUCAAGGUGCAUCAGAAUUAAUCUAUCAUUUGUCUGUGUCUAUGGGAACUGAAAUUCUUCCAUAUGUUAUCUUCCUAAUUGUUCCAUUAUUGGGUAGAAUGAGUGAUUCAAAUCAUGAUGUAAGAAGUAUCGCUACUACAACAUUUGCUUCUAUUAUUAAACUUGUUCCUUUAGAAGAAGGUAUCUCUGACCCUGAGGGGCUUCCAGAAGAUUUAAUGGCUGGUCGUGAAAAAGAGAGAGACUUCAUUCAACAAAUGAUGGAUCCAUCAAAGGCGAAACCAUUCAAACUUCCAGUUGCUAUUAAAGCUACUCUUAGAAAAUACCAACAAGAUGGUGUCAAUUGGCUUGCAUUCCUAAACCAUUAUAAUUUGCAUGGUAUAUUAUGUGAUGAUAUGGGGCUUGGUAAGACAUUACAAACUAUUUGUAUUAUUGCUAGUGACCAGUAUCUAAGACAAGAAGAUUAUAAAGAAACACAUUCAGUUACAACUAGACCGUUACCAUCACUUAUUGUCUGUCCUCCAUCCCUUACUGGCCAUUGGGAAAAUGAAUUUAAUCAAUAUUCUCCAUUUUUGAAAGUUCUAGUAUAUGCAGGUGGGCCUUCUCAGCGUUAUCCAUUAAGAGAUCAAUUAGGUAGUGCCGACAUAAUCGUUACCUCAUACGAUGUUGCAAGAAAUGAUUUGGAGUAUUUAAUGAAAUUUGAUUACAACUACUGUGUUUUAGAUGAAGGUCAUAUAAUCAAGAAUUCUCAAUCCAAACUAGCCAAAGCGGUGAAACAACUAGGAGCUAACCAUCGUUUAAUUUUAACAGGUACCCCUAUCCAAAAUAAUGUUGUAGAGCUAUGGUCCUUAUUUGAUUUUUUGAUGCCCGGAUUUUUAGGUACCGAAAAAAUGUUCCAAGAUCGUUUUGCAAAGCCAAUUGCUGCUUCUAGAAACAGUAAGACCUCUUCUAAAGAACAAGAGGCUGGUGUUUUGGCAUUGGAAGCCUUGCAUAAGCAAGUUUUACCAUUCAUGUUAAGAAGAUUGAAGGAAGAUGUCCUUUCUGAUUUACCACCGAAGAUUAUUCAAGAUUAUUACUGUGAACUGAGUGAUUUACAAAAACAAUUAUACCAAGAUUUUGCCAAAAAACAGAAGACUGUCGUUCAGAAGGACAUUCAGAAUACAGCAGAAGUGGACAAUAAACAACACAUAUUCCAAGCACUUCAGUAUAUGAGGAAAUUGUGUAACCAUCCUGCGUUGGUCCUUUCUCCAGAUCAUCCACAACUACAGCAAGUUCAGCAAUAUCUGAAGCAGGCACAUUUAGAUUUGCAUGAUAUAAUUAAUGCACCAAAAUUGACUGCGUUGAGAACCCUAUUAUUGGAAUGUGGGAUCGGUGAGCAAGAAAUUGACAAACGAUCAAACGACCAACUUUUAACUACAAAUGUUAUUUCUCAACAUCGUGCAUUAAUUUUCUGUCAGUUGAAAGAUAUGCUGGAUAUGGUCGAGAAUGACCUAUUCAAAAAAUGCAUGCCUUCUGUUACAUAUAUGAGACUAGAUGGUACAGUGGACCCUCGUGAUAGGCAAAAUGUAGUGAAGAAAUUUAAUGAUGAUCCAUCUAUCGACUGUUUACUAUUAACAACUAAAGUUGGUGGUUUGGGCCUGAAUUUAACUGGUGCUGAUACUGUCAUUUUUGUGGAACAUGACUGGAAUCCAAUGAAUGAUCUACAGGCCAUGGAUCGUGCCCAUCGUCUGGGGCAAAAGAAGGUUGUCAAUGUAUACAGGAUUAUUACUAAGGGUACUCUUGAGGAAAAAAUUAUGGGUCUUCAAAAGUUUAAAAUGAAUAUUGCAUCAACAGUGGUUAACCAACAGAACAGUGGUUUAGCCUCUAUGGAUACCCAUCAAUUAUUGGAUUUAUUUGAUACAUCAAAUGUACCUUCUCAAGAUGAAGAACAAGCGAAACAAAAUCAAGCUGAUAUGGAGGAUGUGGCAAAUGAAACUGGUUUAACUGGUAAGGCUAAAGAGGCAGUUGGUGAAUUAAAGGAACUAUGGGAUAGUUCCCAAUAUGAAGAAGAAUAUAAUUUGGACAAUUUUAUUAAGACAUUACGUUAA